AUAUUUAUGUCCUCUUUCGUUUAGCAAGUACGCUGAUAAAGAAUAAGGAAGAGAGACGAUAUAUUGUCUCCCUGGGACAAGAAAGAUUGGUUAUCGAUCGAAAAGCAAAAUCAUACCAUAUUAGUUCCCCUAAAUUGAGUAUCCUUAGGGUGAUAUUUUUUCCCUGGGUAAGGCUAAUACAAUUGUCUGAUGUAAUGUUCUAAUCAUAAUCUGGAAAAUGAAAUGACAGAGAGGGCCCAGAGCCUAGCUAGACGAUAUUGACGAUAUCAAUAUGAUAUCAAUUCAUCUUCAGUCUUCAGUUUCAGUCCACGCAAUAAUAUAUUAUAGAUAAUUAUAGGCAUAGGGCCUACACUGUCACUGAGUCAUUCCACUAAUCAAGUCACUGAAUGAGGCCCAGACACUUCACUGCGUGACUGCUAGCUAUGUUGAGACUUGUUCUUGUGCUCGUAUAUUUUAUAAAAAUCUUUAUAAUUUAGGAUAAGGAUGUUACUGCAUAGUAACAGUGAAUAGUAUAAAGUUUACUGUAUUAUGUAGCCUAUAACUUAUUAUAGUAUAGAAGUAUAGUAUAGACUUGUAUAGUAGCAUAGUACUGUUGUAUAGAGAUAGACUUAAACAUAUUUUUCAUUGACACUGUGUAACGUUUAACUGCACUAUUACUAUUAAUACUAUUAACUGCACUCAACAGUGCUGAGUAGGCCUACAAGUGUAAAUUAUGACUAGUCCAAAAUAUAAAAAAACUUAGAUGAGCCUAUUUAUUAAGUUUAAAUAUUUGUGAAAAAUUAGUUAGAGAGUGUUAUAAAAACUAAAUUGUUAUAUUGUGAUUGUAAGUUUAGUUAGAAUGUCAGUGUGUGUCGCUUAUUUAUGGAGGGACAGGGAACCUACUUGACAUUUACUUUUACAGUUUACCUUUGUUAGGCUUAGUUACUAAGUCGCGUAAGUACUAAGUUUUAUUAGGCCUGCUAACAACUAUAACUAAAGUAUAAGCAUAGGCCGAACUAUUCCUUCUGCUUCUAUCCUAGAAUUAAGAUUAAAAGUAACUUAAUUAGUCUUACUACUUUAGUACCCGGCUUUAGACUAGAGCAUACAGGCCAACCCGUAUGGUUUACCCAUACUUUGUAUUUUAUAUGGUUUGUAUACUGGGUACGUUUGCCAAGUUGUACAACCAUACAGGCUAUUGUUCAGUUUUUCACUUGAUAAAUAAAAAAAAAUAUUUUUGCCCAAAACAUGUUCGAAGCUCACAGUAUGAUAACUUCAAUGUUGGACAACAAGAAACUUACAUCCUUUUUGUUCUUUCAAAAUGAAACUAUUAAGGAUCGGUAGGCCAUCUAAAUUUAGAAACUUUGCGGUUUCAAUGUUAUCAUUUGUUAAUACUAAGACAGCAUAGUAUGGUUGUAACUACUUUGAGUACCAGUAGUAAACUAUAAUUACAAAUCUGUUUAUGUAAUUCUUAGUAAGAACUGCAGUGUUAGUGAGUGUUCUUUUAAUAUCUAUUAAAUAAUUAAAUAUAUUUAAUAUUACUAUAAAGCAUUAGUCAUUAUUCCUGUUUAUUACAAUGGCAUGACUUCGUUUUUACCUUUUAUUCUUAAACUAAAAGCAGGUGUGGUUUUCAUUGUAUAAAAUAAGUAUACAUUAUUUAAUAAUAAUAAUAAUAAAGAUUAUUUAAAAAUCACGCUUCAUCCCCAAAGGCUUGAAGCGCGGUACAUACCACAUUGAAGUAAAAAAUUCAACAUUACAAAACUACAUACAAGAAUAACCAUUCUAAGUCUUUCAUACCUUGCAACCAUAAACAACGCAGGCCAAUAUACAUCUAAAAGAUAAUAGCUAGAUAGACAACAUCACCCCAGCAGUUGUUUGCGAAAAAGAUAAAUCUUCAAAUCAGUUUUGAAAGACUCCAGUGUCUGGCUGUUUCUGAUAGGGAUAGGAAGAGUGUUCCAAAUUGUUGGGCCAGCAAAUGCGAAAGUGGGCCCCUCAUAAGUCUCAAGGCGAACACGUAGUAUUGAGAGUUUGCCACUUCAGAUGAGCGGAGUUGUCUAGUGGGUGCAUAAGGCGUAAGUAGCGCUUUGAGAUAGGACGGUGCCAGGUCAUGCAAGCAGUGGUAGCACAGAGUUGCAAUUUUAUACUCUAUGCGAGUGCGGACCUGCAGCAAAUGCAACUCUCUCAGAAGUGUUUUAGCAUGGUCGAAUUUGCGUUUUCGAAGAACAAUGCGAGCCGCAUUAUUCUGUGCUUUUAAAAAUUUUAUCCAGGAGUGUAGCUGGGAGACCCACCAUAAGAGCAUUGCCAUAGUCCAUGCGUGAUAGCAUGAAUGCAGACAUCAGCAUCUUUGAUGCAUCUAAUGUUAAGAAAGGUCUGAAAUGGCUAAUUCUGCGCAGCUCUAGAAAAAUUAAAAGUUGAAAUCAGUGAGAAUUGUUGGCUAUAUUUUAUUCUUUUUGUGUUUAUUAUUUUACUUCAGCUGUAAACUUCCAAUUAACACUUUAUAUCCCCAUACUUAUAGCUCAUACACUUUAUAUCCCCAUACUCAUAGCUCAUACACUUAAUAUCCCCAUACUCAUAGCUCAUACACUUUAUAUCCCCAUACUCAUAGCUCAUACACUUUAUAUCCCCAUACUCAUAGCUCAUACACUUAAUAUCCCCAUACUCAUAGCUCAUACACUUAAUAUCCCCAUACUCAUAGCUCAUACAGAGAAAAACAAAUUCUAUCCUCGACCCAUGAAAAAAUAAGGUUAUAAGUUGAUGUUAAACUCUUUAACUGUGUCAAGAUGGUAGAAAUUUUGUACUUCGUUAAUUUAAAUACAGAAGACUGUAUUACUUGAGCUAGCACAAUUACCUGAAGAAUUGUCUUAUUACAUGUAAUUUGCUGUCAAAUUCAUCAGCUGAGCCCAUUUGAAUAAAAUUGCUAUUUAUUAGUGUAAAAACUCAAAAUUUGACAAAAAUGUGAUUUAAAACAAGCUAUUUACAUUUAAAAGAUUCUAGCCAUUUAUGAAUGAUGUUAACAUGCUAAAAUGUGCACACAGAGAAGGGGAGAUUAUUCACUUUUUAUUCAUGCAUUCAAAACAUAGUGAUAAAAUGAUUACAAGUUAUACAUAAUACUUUUUUUGACGUUUCAUUUUUUCUGUGCAGCUUUUCAUGCUGUUGUAGAGUUUUUUUGAACUUUUUGUACAGUUUUUUUAUCUCACAGGUUGGCAUGUAUGCUGGAAUUAAGUCAUGAACCCUCAUACACUGCGUAACAUUACAACCUAGUCAUUUAGGGGCAUUCAGUCAAGAGGUUGAGCGUUCACGGAAGAUAGUUGGGACAGACCGACAUUGUAAUAAAUUCUGGAGAGCGCAUUCAGCAAAAUAGCAUUUUCACUUGUCAGGAUAAAAUUUUUAGUAACUAGACUUUAUCUAGAAAUAGGCUCCUACAAAUUUUUAUUUUUUCUUCUGGAUUACCAAGAAAUAAGUUUAACUAAUGUAAACCAGUUAAAGCAGGUUAUCUAAAUAAAUUAUUUUCAAAUUUCAAUAAAUGAGUUGUUGGAUGAUUAAAAAUGGUCGAAACAUGGCAAAUAAAUUAGACCGAGUUAACAACAGUGACCAGUUGUAUUAAUUUUUAAAUUGCAAAAUAUUUGUGUAUCAUGUGGGGUGUAAUUGUAGUACAUUACUUUAUUUAAUAGCUGUUUUUGGCUAACUUUUUUCUGUUUCAUUUUUGCUAUGACAUUAAUAUAUUUUUAGUUAGUAUUUCUUUUAAAAAAUAUCUCAAAAUCAUGUUAAAUUAUGCUGGCAACUCAACUUUUUUUUUUUUGCAGGUGCAGAAAUGGACAUUAUUGAAAAGUUAAAGACUAAGUAUAAGGUAUAGUGUUAAAUUAUGUAUGGUUAUGACUGCGGUUUUAAUAUAAUGUAUGGCUAAAUAAAGAUAAAGUAGCAUUAACUAUUAUGAUGUCACUGACAUACAUAAGUUAUUUGGUCAAAAAUGGUUUUAUAAAAUCUAAUAGUUCAAUCAAAGGAUGUAACCAAGCAAAAGUUGACAUCACUGAUUUCAGCUGAAGAUUCCAGAAUGAGUUGUCAUUAAUCGUGUUCAAUCUGAUAUAUAACUUUUAAGCUGAAAUCGUGUCAUAUGUUGUGAUAUUAAUUUCAUUUGAAUCAGUUUUUCAUAUAUAUAUAUAUAUAUAUAUAUAUAUAUAUAUAAUAUAUAUAUAUAUAUAUGUAUUGUCAACAUAGAUUAAAUAGUUGUGAUAUUUUUCUGUUAAAGAAAUAUUAUUUUAAAAAUAUGUUUAUUCUAAGAAUGAGUUGUCAUUAAUCGUGUUUAAUCUGAUAUAUAACUUUUAAGAUGAAAUCGUGUCAUAUGUUGUGAUAUUUAUUUCAUUUGAAUCAGUUUUUCAUAUAUAUAUAUAUAUAUAUAUAUAUAUAUAUAUAAUAUAUAUAUAUAUAUAUGUAUGGUCAACAUAGAUUAAAUAGUUGUGAUACAUUUCUGUUAAAGAAAUAUUAUUUUAAAAAUAUGUUUAUUCUCACAGCUGUCAUCAGAAACAGAAACUUUUCUAAAAAUGAGAUUAGAUCAGCUAGCAAACGGAGGAGUGGAUGGUGUUGAUCCAGCCAAGAAAGAGGAAUUUUCAGAGACUCAUAGAGAACUCAAUGACAAAAUUGCUGCAGAUUUUGAUGGUCAGGUUAAAGAGUUUGCUGUGCCUUCUGCUGGUGUGCCAAGUAAGUUUUUUAUUUGAUCAAAUUUGAUAAUUACCUAGUUUUUGUGUGUUUUUUUGAGCUUGUAUUUGUGAUAGAUGUCUUGUCUAUAAAAUAUAUAUUGUUUUCUGUUAUAAAAAGAUAUGUUAGAUUUUGUAAAAUAAUGUUUUCUCUAUGGUGAUAUUGACAGCUUGAUAUUUGUGCUUAAACACAUCUUUAAAACAUGAACACCAGCCAUGAUCAACUGAUAGUUUUCCAAAGUCUCCUCCUUUGUAUGCUACUUUUUUUUAACUGUGACAGAAGGGCUUAGUCCCAUUGAUGUGGCAGAAGGUCUUAGUACCAUUGAUGUGGCAGAAAGUCUUAGUACCAUUGAUGUGGCAGAAAGUCUUAGUCGCAUUGAUGUGGCAGAAAGUCUUAGUCCCAUUGUUGUGCCAGAAGGUCUUAGUACCAUUGAUGUGGCAGAAGGUCUUAGUCCCAUUGAUGUGGCAGAAGGUCUUAGUCCCAUUGAUGUGGCAGAGGGUCUUAGUCCCAUUGAUGUGGCAGAAGGUCUUAGUCCCAUUGAUGUGGCAGAAGGUCAUAGUACCAUUGAUGUGGCAGAAGGUCUAAGUCCCAUUGAUGUGGCAGAAGGUCUUAGUCCCAUUGAUGUGGCAGAAAGUCUUAGUCGCAUUGAUGUGGCAGAAAGUCUUAGUCCCAUUGAUGUGGCAGAAGGUCUUAGUCCCAUUGAUGUGGCAGAAAGUCUUAGUCCCAUUGAUGUGGCAGAAAGUCUUAGUCGCAUUGAUGUGGCAGAAAGUCUUAGUCCCAUUGAUGUGGCAGAAAGUCUUAGUCCCAUUGAUGUGGCAGAGGGUCUUACUCCCAUUGAUGUGGCAGAAGGUCUUAGUCCCAUUGAUUUGGCAGAAGGUCUUAGUCCCAUUGAUGUGGCAGAGGGUCUUAGUCCCAUUGAUGUGGCAGAAGGUCUUAGUCCCAUUGAUGUGGCAGAAGGUCUUAGUCCCAUUGAUGUGGCAGAAGGUCUUAGUCCCAUUGAUGUGGCAGAAGGUCUUAGUACCAUUGAUGUGGCAGAAGGGCUUAGUUGCAUUGAUGUGGCAGAAGGUCUUAGUCCCAUUGAUGUGGCAGAAGGUCAUAGUACCAUUGAUGUGGCAGAAGGUCUUAGUCCCAUUGAUUUGGCAGGAAGUCUUAGUCCCAUUGAUGUGGCAGAAGGUCUUAGACCCAUUGAUGUGGCAGAAAGUCUUAGUCACAUUGAUGUGGCUCAAGGUCUAAGUGAAAUUAAUGGGGCAAAGGGUCUUAAUCCCAUUGAUGUGGCAGAAGGUCUUAGUGAAAUUAAUGUGGCAAAGGAUCUUAAUCCCAUUGAUGUGGCAGAAGGUCUUAGUGAAAUUAAUGUGGCAAAGGGUCUUAGUCCCAUUGAUGUGGCAGAAGGUCUUAGUGAAAUUAAUGUGGCAAAGGGUCUUAAUCCCAUUGAUGUGGCAGAAGGUCUUAGUGAAAUUAAUGUGGCAAAGGGUCUUAAUCCCAUUGAUGUGGCAGAAGGUCUUAGUGAAAUUAAUGUGGCAAAGGGUCUUAGUCCCAUUGAUGUGGCAGAAGGUCUUAGUGAAAUUAAUGUGACAGAAGGUCUUAGUCGCAAUGAUGUGGCAGAAGGUCUUAGUCCCAUUGAUGUGGCAGAAGGUCUUAUUCCCAUUGAUGUGGCAGAAGGUCUUAGUCCCAUUGAUGUGGCAGAAAGUCUUAGUCCCAUUGAUGUGGCAGAAGGUCUUAGUCGCAUUGAUGUGGCAGAAGGUCUUAGUACCAUUGAUGUGGCAGAAGGUCUUAGUACCAUUGAUGUGGCAGAAGGUCUUAGGCCCAUUGAUAUGGCAGAAGGUCUUAGUACCAUUGAUUUGGCAGAAGGUCUUAGUCCCAUUGAUGUGGCAGAAAGUCUUAGUCCCAUUGAUAUGGCAGAAGGUCUUAGGCCCAUUGAUAUGGCAGAAGGUCUUAGUCCCAUUGAUGUGGCAGAAGGUCUAAGUCCCAUUGAUGUGGCAGAAGGUCUUAGUCCCAUUGAUGUGGCAGAAGGUCUUAGGCCCAUUGAUGUGGCAGAAGGUCUUAGGCCCAUUGAUAUGGCAGAAGGUCUUAGUCCCAUUGAUUUGGCAGAAGGUCUUAGUCCCAUUGAUGUGGCAGAAGGUCUUAGGCCCAUUGAUAUUGCAGAAGGUCUUAGGCCCAUUGAUAUGGCAGAAGGUCUUAGUACCAUUGAUUUGGCAGAAGGUCUUAGUGAAAUUAAUGUGGCAAAGGGUCUUAGUCCCAUUGAUGUGACAGAAGGUCUUAGUGAAAUUAAUGUGGCAAAAGGUCUUAAUCCCAUUGAUAUGGCAGAAGGUCUUAGGCCCAUUGAUAUGGCAGAAGGUCUUAGUCCCAUUGAUGUGGCAGAAGGUCUUAGUGAAAUUAAUGUGGCAAAGGGUCUUAAUCCCAUUGAUGUGGCAAGGACAUCAGUUUCAUCCUUAUUAAAAUGAGGCACACUCUUAUAUCCUUGCACAUUCCUCUCAACUGUUUUAGCAAACCUCGGGCUACAGCUACUUUAAUAGUCAGCAUUCAAAAGGAAACUCCAUGACUAUGAGAUUGCAUUAGACCCUUAAUUUUGUUCAGAUGGUAUUCCUAUUGAUGUCAUCAAACCAAACAACUGUGCAAGACGGCCAGGCAUUUUGGUCAACUUCCACGGAGGAGGCAACAUUUAUGGUUCAAGGAAAACAACUGAGGCUCUCUGCAAGCUUCUUGCCAGGUAUUUAUCAAAGUGCACAUUUAUGUGGAGAAACAUACGACUAAAACAUAUCGGAAUAUACAGAUAUUUUUCAAAGUGCACAUUUAUGUGGAGAAACAUACAACUAAAACUCUGUCUUACAUAUCGGAAUAUACAGAUAUUUUGAUCUAGAACUCUUGCAAGCAAAGAAAAUAAAUUACAUAAAAUUUAGUAUAUUAUCUAAACUAUUAAGAACUGAAAAUUUUUGCAAUUGUUUACAAAUCUUCAUAGGGAACUCAAAUGUGUGGUUGUGAAUGUUGAAUACCGCCUUGCCCCCGAGCACAAGUUUCCUGCCAUGUUUGAUGAUGGAAAGGCCGUUGUCCGAUGGGUACUAAUGAAUAAAUCUCUAGUCGGUAGGUCAGACCCAAUGAACAGGCUCAUUCAUGGACAUCAUCUAGAUGAUAUUUCAAACUGGAGAGUUUAAACAAACAAUUAAACAAUAAAAACUGUUGGAAGUAAUAGUUAAAAUUGUAUGAGCCUGUUAAAAUUGCUGAAAAUUUAUUUCAUUUUUUAAAUCAGCUUUGCAAACUCUUUUGAAAAUGAAACUCUGCCUCAAUAUUAAACCAGCUGCUUCCUCAUUUAGCAUACAUAAGUCAUAAAGUAAAAUUCAGAUGGACAUUUCACCUAGGGUUUUUGUUUUGUACCCCAGUAAAUGUUUCUGUUCCAAUCAGGUGGAGAGAAUGACAGUAAAGUAGGCGUGAUUGGAUCCAGUUCAGGUGGAGGCAUUGCUGCGACGAUUGCAUUUGAAGUCCCAGGACUGGACUAUCAGGUAAGUCACUGUUCUAUCCUUAGAUGGUUGGUUGGUUGGAAGUAUGUGAUGCUGAACUGGCAGCUUUUGCUCAACUGAUUAGCAAUAUGCAAAUAUGAGUGCAAUGUAGAAACUGUUUUAAACUGAAAUUGGGGGGUCAAGUCCUGGGAAAAGAAGUGAGGGACCACACCCAAGAUCCCCACCCUUCAUAAAUCUCCAACAUUUUUAUGUAUUAAUUAAUUAAUUACUUAUCCAAAGAAAAAUUACAAUUUUAUUAAUGACAUACUGAUUCCUGUGACAUAUUAAUAAAUACUGACUUAAACAAUUCAAAGUAAAAAUAGUGGAUUUAAAAAAAUAAUAAUACUAAAAUGAGAAGAUAGCAGCAACAUAGAGCCUGGUUAUCGUGAAUGAAACUUUACAGCAAUGAAAAAUGUAGGUGUAGACUUUUUGUUCUGCCGCUACUCAGAAACGUAGACCUGUUUACUCUAACAAUUUUGGGGUACAAUGUACAAUUUUGAGAUGUCUUUUACAAUUGCUCAGAACUACAUUUUUAAGAGACUGGGUUGAAUAUAUAUAUACAUUCUUGUAGUUUUUUCCGAUAAAAAAAUUAAUAAAUUAAUGUGACAUUUUCGGUUGUUAGCUUCAACUUGCAUUUGAAUUCUACAUCCAGCAGUGAAUGGAUCGAGAAAUAGGAUUGGUUGGGGACUAUCUAUUAUAUUACGUUUGCCCUGAGAAUGGAGUGGUGUUUAUUUGGUAGAUUUUGUGUCAAAAAAGGGGGUGGGAGGUCCCAAAUAUUUAAGUCUAUAAAAUUAACACAUCCACAUUUUCGUGAUGUUAGGUGGGAUGGGGGGGGUCCUCGGUAGAAAGUACGAAUGGUAUUAAAAAAUUCUACAAUAUUCAUCCUAAAAGUCCAAAAAUAGCAUAUUUAUAUCUCAAAUGCUGUAAAAAUAUCAUGCAAUGUUUUGUAGAAAUUAUCGUCAUAAUAUUGCCAUGUAUUUUCACAAAUGAACUUGCUUGAUAUCAAUCAAAUAGCACUAAGUAGUAGAGAUAUUAAAGUAAUAUUUAGUCCACUUAUGUCCAACAUGCGCAUGACGUAUAUUUUUUUGGGCUAUGCCAGUGGUUCUAAAAUUUUCGUUUGCCGGCACCUAUGCCAAAUUCGUGUUUUGACCAGGCUCCCUGUAUUAAAUUGUGUGUUAAGUUUACUUGGAAAUAGCGAAUACUUAAACAAAUAAAAUAAAAGGUUGGGUAAAAAUAAAUAUAACAUAGGGAACCAUUGGGCGCACCGAGCAGCCAUCAUUGAAAACCUGUGUUGCAUUUUUGUUUACUGUAACAUUAAAAUUAUAGAAAAAGAUUAUUGGAUUUUGUUGGUUGGUUUUUUUUUUUUGGGGUGGGGGGGGGGGGGUAAAAUCUCAUUGUACAUGGGUCAAAAAAGUAUGUGUGCAACGGGGGCGGGAGGAGAAAGUUUGACUUUUUUGCAUACGUACUAUAUAGAUGGCCCCCUUCUAGCAUUUGUUUGCUUCGGUGCUGUAUGACAUGAUUUUAUUACAUAAUUAUUUCUUUUGACGAGAACACAGAGGAAACUAGAGAAUGUACCGGUAUUCUCAACUGUUCCACGCAGCAAUAUUAGAUUUUUAUGGGCCCUCUGAGGCCUAUGAAAUCUAUUUUUAGAAUGUGCAAACCAUCUGUACAAUUUUAAAAACCACUUCUUCCCUUCACCAAUUUACAGCUUUUGAUCUGACUUCGAGUUAGAACCACAUUAAAUUUCACCAGUAACUUUAUUUUCACCAGUAACAGACUGUGAUGAUCUGAUCUGCACAUUUACCUAAAUAUUAAUUGCUAUCUAGACCAGAUACAUCUAUGCAAAACAAAGUGACCAGAGAUUGCAAUAUAAAUAUCACUCUUCUACUUUCUUCCUUCAAUUACCUUUUUUUGACGCCAGCUCAAUUCAAUCCCAUUAAACACGCAAUGCAAGUAGUUAUUGUAUACAUUAUAUUUACUGUAUGUUUUUUUAUUUAUUAAAUAUUGUAUUGUACGAUUUUGUGAUGAUAUUGUACAAGUUUAUGAGUUUGAGGGUUAACAGGUCUGCAAAAGUUUGCUUGAUUCAGAAAUUGUUGGCAGUGAUCAUGUUGUUAUUCCCAGGUGUUGGUCUACCCAUUCUUGGACUGGAGAUGUCAGGGUCCCAGCUAUGAUGAGUUUGAGUUUCCAGGCAGCAGCAUUAACAUGUCUGAGAUGAUCAGAAAGUAAGUUCAUACCAAAGACGGCACGGGCUCCUGGUGACAAGUACCUCAGAGGAUUCUUUCACAUUAUUGGUCACCACUUGAGUUUGGAUGAGCUCAAUUCUGGUGUAUGAAAAUAAUGUAUCAGUGCUGAUAGAAAGUGAUUGUCUUGAUUGCAAAAGAGAUUAAGCUAUAUCAAAAUAAUAAAAGAAAAUAUACCACAUAAAAUAAAGUAUUAUUUUAGUACAUACAGUUGAUGGAAAGAGACAUCAAAAACCUCUCUAUAAAAAGUCACAUUCACACUCAAAGCUGAAUGUAAUAAAUUAUUUGUAGGGGAGAUAAAAAAAGACAUAUGAUUAUUUCUUGUCUAUUACUAAGAUGUUUCUUGUUGAUUGUUUAUUGAUUGAGGGAUGUUUUAAACAUCAUUUUUGUGUUCAGAGGAGUUGAGAUGUGCAUCAAGACAGAAGCGGACAAGACCAGUGUGAGGGCCUCGCCACUACUGAGGAAGGAUUUCACCGUUCUUCCCCCUACUCUCUUACUAAUUGCAGAGAUAGACCCUUACAAAGAUUCAAACUAUGGUAUGUCUACAACACAAAUAAACCUUUAUGAAGACUCGAAAUACCAUAUGUCUACAACAUAGAUAGACCCUUACAAAGAUUAAAACUGUGAAUUGUCUAUAGAAUAGAUAAAACAUUACAAAGAUUCCAAUUAUGGCACCAGGUAUGUCUAAAACAGAGCUAAACUAUUACAAAUAUUCAAAAUAUAUUAUAUCGACAACACAGAUAAACCUUUACAAAAUUUCAAACUAUGAUAUGUCUACAACGUAGAUAAAACCUUACAAAAAUUCUUUCAUCUGGAUUGUAAUUCUCAUCCUAGUGGCCUAGAUGUAUUUGCAAACAUAUUAUAUGAAAAUAAAAUUUUAGAACUAACCAUAAAGACAAAUUGAUUAGUGAGACAGUUUCCAACACCCUCAUCAAAAGUAUUUACUGAGUGGAAUCUCAAAACAUUAUUAAUACAUAAUUCAGUAUAAGAGAUGAAUCAGUCAAAUAAAAGUUAUGUACAUCAGUUCAAGUUCUGUAACACUGCUAUAACACUGCUGUAUCACUGCUGUAACACUGCUGUAUCACAUGACUUUUCUCAACUAAAUUACACCAGAAAAUGCUCUGACUUUUAACUUUUGGUAUAAGUAACCCGUGGCUUGUCCAAAGUGCUGUCUGAUUUAAUGCCAACAAUUGUUCUCACUCAUCUAGAGUUCAAGUCCAAAAUGAAAGCUGCCAAUUCUGUGUGUGAGAGCAAGCUGAUCAAAGGUGCAAUUCAUGGAUUCUUCUCAUUGCCUGGUAAGUGGAGACUUUUUAAAAAUUUGUUAUUAUAAAUUAACCAAAACAAAUUAUUUUGUAUUUACUUUAAGUUUAAAUUGUAUUGAUUAACUAUUUUAUGACAAAAUAUUAGAUAUGUUGCUCCAGAAAAGAUGGAGGGGUAUUUAAGAAAGUUGAAAUUUAAACACAUUUAGAAAUUGAUCUGUUAAAUGUUAAGUUAAAUGGAUGUUUUAUGGUCAGGGCAGUUAAAUGGAUGUUUUAUGGUCAGGGCAGUUAAAUGGAUGUUUUAUGGUCAGGGCAGUUAAAUGGAUGUUUUUAUGGUCAGGGCAGUUAAAUGGAUGUUUUAUGGUCAGGGCAGUUAAAUGGAUGUUUUAUGGUCAGGGCAGUUAAAUGGAUGUUUUAUGGUCAGGGCAGUUAAAUGGAUGUUUUAUGGUCAGGGCAGUUAAAUGGAUGUUUUAUGAUCAGGGCAGUUAAAUGGAUGUUUUAUGGUCUUGUUUUGUGGUGAAUUGGGAAGGGGGGGGGGGAGGCUAUCAGCAGAAACUUCCAUUGUAUUGUCUUGCUAUUCUAUCUUCAGCCUUUCUCAUUAUAAAUUUUUGCUCCCACGGCUUGAAUGCAGCCCGAACUAUGAUAUUGUUUAAAAAGUUUAAUAGUUUGAUGACAUGGUAUUAGAAGUUUUGUCCCACUCCUCAAAAAUGAGGGAGGAAUGUUUUAAUCAGAAUCUCAUUAAUGGCGAAUACUUAAGUUUUUGAAGUAAGUUCCAUUUCUUGUUUCUUAAUUUUUACUGUCUGCCGAGGAUGGCGCUUAGCUGAAACAUUCUCCUUUUAAUGUCCCGUCUUUAUAAUUCAAGCUUCCACAUACCUCGGAAUAUUUCCUUCACACAGCUUUAACGCAGUCCUUCAUUUAUUAUCAGAAUGUCAGUAAGGUCAAGCUAGCAUUUGGUUUUAUGGCACUACGUAACAUCAACAUAAUUUGUUCUAUUCAUAGUUUUAAAGCAACCUUUAUGGUGUUGUCUCUCCUCAGGCCUUUUCCAGGAAACGAAUUUAAGAGCAAGGGAGAUCAUCGCGCAGUUCUACAAGAAGCAUGGCGUCUGCUAAUCCACAGGAAAACAUCUUCACUGCGAUGCUGUCUACAACAACCACCACCACCUGGAUAUUACACGGUCACCCUACAACAGGUUUAGAUGUCUGUGUUGGUAAGAUGCAAAAUUGACAUCUGUGGAUAUGUCAUCUGAAAUCUGUACAAAAUAGUUCAACCUUCAUCCCAUGGUUACUAAAAAAUGAAUGACACAUUUUUGACACAUUUGCAUCAUAUCACAAGAUAUUAUAAGGAUAGUUUUUUUUUUUUUCUUUAAUGGAGUGCUACUUAAUAACAGACUUCAUACCAGCGGCCCAGCAUUUGUUUGAAAUACAAAAAUGUGAAAAGAAAAAAAAAAUAUAAUUUUCUGAAUACAUGGUUACUAAAAAAUGAAUGACACAUUUUUGACACAUUUGCAUCAUAUCACAAGAUAUUAUAAGGAUAGUUUUUUUUUUUUUCAUUAAUGGAGUGCUACUUAAUAACAGACUUCAUACCAGCGGCCCAGCAUUUGCUUGAAAUACAAAAAUGUGAAAAGAAAAAAAAAAGAUAAUUUUCUGAAUGUUUAUUUUAUAAAUUUGUAUUGUUUGGUGUGCUAUAUAGUAUUAAUUAUUUUGUAUUAUAUUUGUAUUAUACAAGUCUCAAUUUUGUUUCAUUGUUUUAAUUGAUAGUUAGGCCAAAUAUGAACAUUUACAUUUUGUGUUCAUAAUCCCUAUUAAUUAUUAUAAUCUCCAUAUUCUUGUUUUUUGUUUGGUUUUUUUAAAGCUCUUUGUAGGUAGCUGAAUUUGUUUGUUUCUGGCUUUAUUGAACUGAUGUAUGUUGAUCAUUGUUUUUAAAAAACAACUUGUCUCACCUUAAAGCACUUUAUAAAAAAAUAUCCCACAGUUCUGCAGUCAUUUAGAUUCAUUUGAAUUGUUGAAUCACCAAACACACAACUUGAUCUGACCAUGAAAUGUUUAACACUUUUCAAUCUAAUGUUAUAUAUAAUACAAUCUAAUUCUAAAUCAUAAUUGAAAGUUUGACUAAUGUAUGAAGGAGAUGAAGCAGCAAGAUGGAAAGUAGUUGCUGCUAAAAAUAUCUUAGAUUGAUUACCUGACUGUUAGGAACUGCUUCUGUUAAUAAAUCAGCAUGAGUUACUCUGUUUGCAUUGUGUCUCACAGAUUAUUGCCCCUCUUUUCCAGUAGUCUAUUCAAAAUUUUGACCUGAACAAAAUGAUCAAUACUUAUCUAUAAGCUACAGUGUUUAAUUUUUUAGUGUCCCAAGUUUGGUACUUUUGCUUUAAAUAGGAAUUUGUUUGGUUGUAAAGUGCAUAUGGCUCAUCCAGGCUCAGUAUUAUCAGUAAAAACUAUUCACAUAUUAGCACAAAUCUUUUACAUGAAAAAUUCUACUUCAUUUUCAAUCUUCCUUAAUCUGGUGCUCUGGUGUGAAGCACACUUUUUAUUUUGUUAUACUUAUGAACUUUGUAGUGCUUUUUAUAUUUCUAUAUAAAAUAACCAGUAAUAUUUAUUUUGUUCACUUAAAAAGUGCUUAUAAUUUUUUGUUAUUCCAGAAAUUUCUAAAUGAUACAAAAUGAGCUGCAAGAAUAAAUUCUAGUUUUUGUUAUGUUGAAAUGUUAUAACACUUUGUGUGCAAUAUUGAUUUUAUUGUUAAUCUGCAAAAUUUUUAAGUCUAAGAUGACCGUUCAAUGUCACAUAUAUUUUAAUGACAUCAAAUAUGAGUUAUGAGAGAUGGAUGAAGAGUACCAUAUUUUUCAAAUUUCAUCUCAUAUCGUUGGUGGAGAAUAGAAGAACCAUAGCAAAUCUUUAUUGUGCCUAGUGGUCAGUUUCUAUAAAUGUCCUAGAACUAAUAGGCCUACAUUGAAAGCCUACCAAAUCUUUGUAUCUCCACCAAAUUACUGUCAUAAAUCUUUUAUUAGCUUGUAUGCCAAAUAUCACAAUAUGACUGGAUUAAAUAGAGAUUUUUUUUUCUCAAAUCUCCUGAAGCUAUUAUCUUUGUACUUGUGUUUUGCACAAAUCUGCUGGACAUAAAAGAGAGAGCUAGUAAUAAUGAUAUGUAAUAAUUUGUAUUUAUGGUGACUCCCUGAGACUUAAUAAUUAUUAUUUUAAUAAUUGACAAGGGUAGAAAAGUUGAGAAAUAAUAGAGUAAUGAGAGUAAUGAGAUUUAAAAAUAAAAAAGUAAUGACGGACAUAAAUAUUUGAGUGCAAGUACCAGUACAAAGGAUUUAAUUACGGUAGUUACAAUUUUGAUAAGAUUCUUUUAUUGAUCCAAACAAAUGGAAAUAUUUUUUGAUUGCAUUGUACAUUUUCAGCACAUAAAGAAAACAAUUAGAACACUAGAAAUUUAUAAUAAAUUAUUUAACUAGUAAAAACAAAGCCAUUUAUAGAGUUCUCUUAGCCAUAUCAGGAACUUAUUAGUUGCAUUAAGAUUUGUGAUUUCAGGGGGACCACACUGGUAAAUUCGUACAGAUUGGGGAACAAAAGAAUUUUUUUAUCUUUCAGUCCUCGCCCUGACGGAAAAAAUUCACCUCGAACGGGCCGAUCCUAAGUAUCUGUGAUGAAGAGGGUGGGAUGUAUCAUCCAAAAUGUGUUUAGUUUUACAAUAACAUCUUUCUACAAUAGAGAAAAAGUUUUUCUACAAUCUCUUCUCAGACUCUUUCUUUACCAAUGUAGGUCACAUCCGUCUCAAACUGGGCUGUAUCUUUUCACAGGAUCUUUACAAUGUAGGUCAAGCCUGUCUCAGACUAGGCUCUGUUAAUUUUGUUCCCUUCAUUCAUUUAAAAUCAUUUCUUUACAUGAGUUAUGUCAUACUGUCAUAUUUUUCUUCAAAAGAAAUAUUUGGACCUGUAAAAUAUGUUCUAUAAACAUGGCAUUAGUAAAGCCUUUCAUCUUUUCAAGCUCAUUUCUUCAUUUAGCCUUUUUGUUUAAAUGACCUGGGCAGAUUGCGUGUUUAAACUUUAUUUUGAGUGGGGAGCUAAGUCUAACUUGUGUUCACUGUAUGUUACUUACUGCCUUGAAAUUUUUCCUGUGUCAGAAUGUUACCAUCUCGCCACAAUAAAAAUAUUAGUUUUUUUUUAAUAAUCCCUGAUCAUGUGGAUGUUGCUGGCUGUUUUAACACUUCUAACAUUUCGAUUCAAUGUGAAUGUAAAAUGAAUGUUCCUUUUUAAUUUUAAAACCCGGCAUCUUAGAAUAAAUUCAGUGAAGGCACUUGCGGCAUUGUAAAGUCUGCCUUGAUGAUAUUGCAGAACUGCACAUUGGAGUCCAGCGGGUCAGAUUGUUGAUAGUCCCAUUAAUAAAAGUACCAUGCCUCAGGAUGAUUAAUUAUCCAUCAUAAAUUAUAGGACAUAUUAGAGGCCUCUGAUAUGUCCUAUAAUUUAUGAUGGAUAAUUAAUCAUCCUGGAUCAUGGUAAUUUUAUUAAAAAAAUUUUUUUUAUAGGGAUGCUUUAACCUUGUUCCAAUCCGGAUCUUCAAUUUCCUAAAUAUUUUAUCUUUCUUUCCUUGGUGUCCAAUGUACUGGAUAGUUGACUUGUUAAUUGUACUGCUUACAUCUCCAUGAUUGUCGUAACUUGAGAUCUACCUCUGUUAUUGAACAUUACCUCUGGUGAGACCCUUGUUGUUCACCCACUCUUCUCUCCCAAGAAUCCCUUCGACACGAAAACCAAAUAUUUUCAGGUGCUCAUCUUUUUUUUUGUUUACAUCGUAAGGUGUAGACUUUAGAUACCAAAGCUGAAAUAGUUUCAAUAAUUUAAUUAUGAUUUCUUAAAACAGUUUUUAGCAAAUACAGUUCCUUUAAGGCUAUAUCAAUUUAGACAAUGCUGUGGCUGCCAAUGAAUGAGCACGUCUACUGGUUAUCGAAUAUUUCAAUGUAAUCUCAUUAGCAGGUGUGGCUGUUAACAGGCUAUAAUAUUAGUUUUUAUUUCCAGCUUGUUGUGUCCCUGUGUUGACAUGAGCAGAUAACUCAUGUGAACGAGAUGGGCUUUUCUGGUCUUUAAAAGUAAUCUGCUGAAUCAUUCAAUUAAAAUAUUAAUUAAAAACAAAAUUCCAUUGAAUAUCUUGAAUAGAUUUAGAAUAAUAGAAAAAUAAUAUUGCAUAACUGUUAAGGGGAAUAACUCCUUUAUAAGUGCUCAUUCCUUUUGACAGUACUCUUGGCCUUGGCCUGUGUCAGACACUGGUCCACUCUUGGCCUGUGUCAGACAUUGAUCCACUCUUGGCCUGUGUCAGACAUUGAUCCACUCUUGGCCUGUGUCAGACAUUGAUCCUCUCUUGGCCUGUGUCAGACACUGGUCCACUCUUGGCCUGUGUCAGACAUUGAUCCACUCUUGGC